AUGAAAGGUCUUGAUCCAGGAUUGAAGUUGGCUUUCGGUGGUAUGGAAUAUUCAGGAAAAAUUACAGACAAGAAACGUCAUUCGAAGAAAGCAGGAGGAAUUAAAUUGGAAUUGCCUAAUCAUUCAAAUGCAGAAGAUGCACGAAAGGAGAAAUUUGAGAAUUUCAUUUAUUAUUCCUUGUCUCAAAAUGAGAGUCGAUCACUGUCAAGAGAUUUUUUGCUCAAGAACAAUAAAUUUGUUUUGAAAAAAGAAAAUGCCGCAACUUCAUCGAGUGAAUGGAAGAAGGAUAAAGAAAGUUGUGAAAAUUUGUCGACAGAAGUACUGGUGAGAAAGGAUAGUCCCAUUAAUCCAUACAAUCGACUUGAGUAUCCUCGAGAGCAGUGGUUAACACCGGAUGCGAAUGAAAACACAGUUGUUGCAAUUUCUGGCGUUGAGCACGAAAACUCUAUCAAGGCACACAUGUUCCUGUGUUCUAAGUCAUCAAAAGAAUCGCUAAAAAGGGAAAAUUUAUUUUCCUCCCCUUCAAGAGUGGAGAGUUUUUGCUUUAGAAAGGAAAUUAUCAAGAAGGAAAUUUGUCGAAAAGUGGAAAAUAAAGUUAAGAAUGCAGUCAAGAAACAUAAAGUCUUUUUAAUACGUGGGGAACUACCGAAAUUGAGAGAAGCUUUAGAAAAUAGAGGAUGGAUCCAGAAGUACGAGAGCAGCAAAACAAGAUCACUUCCAUAUGGUCAAAAUCCAUGCUUAGAGAGCAAAUCUCUAGGGGAUAUUCAACAAUCCGAUGGUACAUUGAAUGAGAAAGCAUUAAUUUUCGCAAUGUUGUGUCACACAGAUCCGGACUUCAUUUGGGACUGUCGCAAUAAUUUCACUGAAUGGGACAGCAGUAUAAAAAGCAAUAUACUUUUGAAUAGAUUACAGAAUUCAGCUACCUAUACAUCGAAACUGGGAAUGGCGAACAUUUUACAAGACUUUCAGUGGUUAUACGAGCAGGACGUAGCAGAUGUCAACUUUCCACGUAGCUUCAACCCUUCAAGAGAGCUGACCGACUUCAUAAAAGAUUUUCGUCGAACAGCCGCAGCGGGACUUUUGCGAUGGUUCGUGCAAAGCGUGGACAAAGAUUGUGAUACACUUCCACCGAUGUUGGACAUUGCUCAUGUGGAAUUUGCUCUUAAACGCUGCGAGGAAUAUGUAGCCGAACUGAAACAGGAGAAUAUCGAUCAUCACGAUUCAGAAGAUAUCAUCAGUGAAGACGAAUGGAAAUGCUUUUGUGAUGAUUACAAUUCACUGCUUAAAGUGGACGAGAAUUCCAGUGGCAAUAGCAGCAGUACCAGUGGCAGUAAUACUACGAUGAGCGCGUAUACAGCGGCCGUUUCUAUAUUGGAACAAUUAAAAGAAGUCGAUUGUCAGUACAAUUUAAAUGGAACAAGAAAUGUAUGGAUUUUAAAACCAAAUUAUCUAUGUUGUGGAGUUGGAAUCAGUAUUUCACAUAAUCUAAAGGAAAUUCAACAGCGUGUGGAGGCAAAACCGAGGGAUUAUUUUAUCAUUCAAAAAUAUAUUGAGCAUCCAUUGUUAGUGCAAGGCACGAAAUUCGAUAUUCGUUUAUGGUAUCUCGUGACGUCGAGUUUUCCCCUCACAAUAUGGAUUUUCAAGGAAGCGCUUCUUCGAUUCAGCUCGAAACGCUAUAGCUUUUCUUCGUACCAUGAAGUGAUUCACAUCUGUAACACUGCCAUUCAAGAGAGGUAUGACUAUGAGCGGCGAAGGAGAAGAAAGAGAGGCGAUGUCGUCGAGACCACAGAGACUGUUCGAGAUCAAGGAUGGGAUUGCGAGAAGCUCAACGAAUGUUUGAAAAGUAUGGGCUAUAAUGGAGAGCCUUUCUACGACACGAUAUAUCCGAGAAUGUCAGAAGCAAUCGUGAUGACAAUGUUAGCAGCACAAGAACCAAUGGAUAAACGUCGUUGUAGCUUCGAAUUAUAUGGCGCUGAUUUUAUGGUUAUGGAAGAUCUCUCUGUUUGGCUCAUAGAAAUUAACACCAAUCCCCGAAUGCACCCACCGAGUUCGAAAAUCACUCAACGACUUUACGACUCUGUUUUGGACAGCCUCGUCAAAGUAAUCCUGGAUCUACCUUUGAACCCAAGUGCCGACACGGGAGGAUUUGCUUUAGCGUAUAAGCAAACUACACCAGAGUUUCGUCCAUAUCUCGGGCCAUGUUUAUUUGCCGUGGGCAAGUCGAUGGAGUUACAUGAGUGUCCUGAGAAGAAACAGGACGAUAGUCAGGCAAUCAUUUGUAGUCCUUGGAGCAAGGAAAAUCGUGCUCGGACUGCCCCGCCUAGUGUCUCUCGCUUGAGGGAUCCUCAAGUCGUUGACUUUAUCGACUAUUUAAACUCCGAGGGCUGAGCUGCUGGAAACUUAAUAUAUUCUCACAUCAAAAGUAAGUUACCUUAAUAAACUUAUACAGCAUCAAUGGAAUACUUUAAGGAUUGUAACAAAUUUUCUCCAACAAAUAACUAAAGUGAUUUUUAU